GAUGGUUCACUCCUAUCUACUUCCGCGUUGGUCCAAACGCAGUUCUAGAAGUACAUGUUUACCUUUCACUUGAAAAAUGCGUUACUGAAAGAUUUGCAAUAUAGUUAGUUACAAUAGUUAACUUUUUUAAAGCUUGUUAAAGGCCUCCCCCUGGUCUAACGUAGUUCAUAUUAAGCCGAUGCAUUGCAAGGGGACUCAAAGUACAGUUAACUGUCCGUUUCCAGUCAAAGAUCUGAUACAUUCAUAAAACUGUGGCGCGGCAACUACUUCUGUUUUCUUCACCAUUUUCUAGUGAUCAACUACUUAAAAAUGUCUGGUAAUCCUGCUGUGGUUAUGCGGCUGGUGGCGUCCGCCUAUUCAGUGGCUGAAAAGGCCGGGGCCAUAGUAAGGAAGGUGCUUCACAGUGGAGAUCUUGGCAUUGUUGAAAAGACAGGAGCCAACGAUCUGCAGACGCUCGCGGACCGACUUGCACAGAAAAGCAUCUGUGCUUCACUGUCUAGACGUUUCCCCAAGGUCACCAUCAUUGGAGAGGAGGAUCUUCCAUGUGAGGAGGUCCAGGAGGAUAUGAUUGAGAAUGGCCAGGCAGAGGAAAUCCUUCAGAAGAGCUGUCCAAAAGAGUAUGAAGCACUAAAAGAAGAAGAGCUAGUUGUUUGGGUUGAUCCCCUUGAUGGCACCAAAGAAUACACUGAAGCCUCAAGUUGUCUCCAUCUACAAGCUGUUGACCAGAAACCACACAAAGAGUUGGACAAGACUCACAGCACAGCUAUCCGGCUUCUGGACAAUGUGACAGUUCUCAUUGGCAUUGCAUAUGGAGGCAGAGCAAUUGCAGGUGUCAUCAACCAGCCAUUCUACAAUUACCAGCUUGGAUCAGGAGCUGCUUUAGGGAGAACAAUAUGGGGAGUUCUCGGAUUGGGCGCCUUCGGGUUCCAGCUGCAGGAAGUUCCAGCCGAUAAGCGAAUUGUCACCACCACCCGUUCCCAUAGCAACAAGACGGUAACAGACUGCGUGAACGCCAUGGAACCUCACGACGUUAUAAGAGUCGGGGGUGCUGGAAACAAGAUAAUCCAGCUUAUUGAAGGGAAAGCAUCUGCUUAUGUGUUUGCCAGUCCAGGCUGCAAGAAAUGGGAUACAUGCGGUCCUGAGGCAAUCCUGCAUGCCGUCGGAGGAAAACUGACUGACAUGUUUGGGAAUCCUUACCAUUAUAAUGCAGACGUAAAGCAUAUGAACUCUGCUGGGGUUCUUGCUACACUUCGCAACCAUGAUUACUACGUCAGCAGAGUGCCACAGUCUGUGCUGCAAGCGCUGAGGUCAGAUUGAGUUCAGUCAUGAUGUGCCUCUGGGGUAGAGAUGGUCUUGGUCUUUCUUUGUGUUUUUAAUUGCUAUGACACUGUUUAGUACUUGUUAUUGUUGCAAUAAUCUCAUUCUUUUUGACAAGUAUCAUUAUUUAAAUCAUAUUCACUAUAUAGUCUCGCCAGUAAAAGCUAUCCAUCUAACCAAUCUGGCCUUAAGUGAAAAAGUAGCUGGUUCCAACAGCUGGUUGUGGAACAGUUAUAGCAAGAACUUCCAUAAUAUGUUUGCAGUAAUUUGGCAAUUUAUCUUUUAUAUUGUGGUGAAGGAAUUUUGGUAAAGUCUUAGUAUUUUAGCAUUAAGACUCUCCCAUACAGCCCGUUUUUGUUCAGUCUCUAUUAUUUUUUUACAAGUGUGGUUUGCGGGGCUUUAGGUGUUGUUCUGGGUUGGAUGAACAGUUGUUGGAGUUAUCUUUGUAGGCUCACCACUCCUGUGAACAUUCAACAGUAUUCCAUGUUUUCUCCAUUUGUGGAUAAUUCCUUUCACUGUGGUUCACUGGACUCUCAUUGCCUUUGUAACCCGUUCUAGCCUGAUUGAUGUCAGUGACUUUGUUCUACAUGUCCUCUUGAAUUUCUGUAGAUCAUGGCAUGUUGUAUUGCUUUUUGAGAUUUGUCAGUCUUUUAUUUGAGAGAAAUAGUUUUCUCUCUGUAAAAUUUCUUGAUUUUACAGGUCUGGCAAUAAUCAGACCUGUAAAAUCUGAUUACUGCUGGUGAAACUGAACUCAGCCUCUUUCCAAAAAUUGGCUUAGCGACACAAUUUUACAAGCGAAAAAAAAAA